AUGGCAGACCCACGGUUGAACCGCGUUGAGGGCACCUUGACCUCCCUCCUCGAAAGCCUCGUUCCGGCCCUCUCCCCCGAGCAAGAUGACACUGAUACCGAGUUUCGCAUCGAUCGCGCCAUCCGAAAUGCAAAAGCAGCCGUUCUAAAUGCAGACGGCAGACUGCCUCCAGAUACCAAUCAGGCACAAGAUUUGAUCAAGCGGAAACUGCUGCGAGAGAAUGCGUCUCCAGAAAAAGCUGCCAGGUUCAGCAAUCUUUACUCCAGACUUCUUGCCAUCCCCGUCCUCAACCAAAAAUGGGCCAUCUUGUACCUCCUCUACAAGCUGUCGGACAACUCCCUCCCUGAUGCGCGUCCUCGAAACCCGCUGGCAGACUCGGAGCAACUCGCCAACAUCCCGCGGAGACAUACCUUGUCUCCAGAGAGCACAUUUACGGCGGAGGAGGGGCUAGAAGAUGACGAGGAAGAACCACAGUCACCGAAGGUGUCGCUCCGAAAAGCGCGUACUUUUUCAGCUAGAUCCAGAAAGCCUAAUGACCAAGUCGAAGUUUCCGCAGAGGAGGAAGAUCAGCCCCAGGCGCAAGAACCGACCGAGGAAAAACCCGUGGUGCAGAAGCAGGAGCCUCGAGUCAUUUACCCUUCGAAAUUCGAACUUCUGCGCGAUUUACCCUUCAAUCUCCAAGGCGUGUCCUCCGCACACCUACAAUUCGCAGACAAUGGCUCGCUGAAGCUGCCUCCCAGUCUCCCGGUUCCGAUUCUUUCGUUGUUGCAUGCACUUGCAGAACCUUGUCUGCUCUACCGGGGACUAGCGGAGUAUGCUGCAGGCCAAGAUGGUGGACUUAUUGAUCAGAGCCUUCGUUCCGCUAUCAACAACGAGCUUCGCUCCUAUUUGAGUCUUGUCGCCUCGCUCGAGACGGAGGUUCGACAGGCCUUGGCUACUGUCCAGAAUGCUCAAGAUCCCAAAGCGGUGCGUCUGACUGGCGUCAGUUUGAAGCGAUGUCUGAUCUGGACAAGAGAGGCCACCAUGGCCCUUCGACUUAUGAAACUGAUCGUCGAGGACUCGAAACACAAGCGGGGUGGGCAAUUGCUAUCUCUUAUACAUAACUUUUCGUCGUCCCAUGGUGACCCCUUUGUGGCCUCAUUCGCGGAAAAGCUUCUGACACAUGUUGCUCGCCCAUUUUAUGAGAUGCUCAGGCAUUGGAUUUACGAUGGCGAAUUGACUGACCCGUAUCAUGAAUUCUUCAUAACGGAGCCAGAUCCUACUUCGCAGCCCCCCGUCGAUCAUCGACAUGUGGCAACUUCCGUUUGGGAAGAGAAAUACAAACUCGACUCGGGAAUGGUGCCCUCGAUCAUAUCCUACGAGUUCUCCAGAAAGGUUUUCCUUAUUGGCAAAUCUCUCAACUUCAUUCGCAACAAUUGUGGAGAUUCCGACUGGGUCAUUCAAUAUUCCAAAUCAAAUUCUAGGUCUCUUGACUAUGCCAAUACGGCCAACCUCGCGCAGUCAAUCGAUGUGGCUUACCGAACGACAAUGUCGCGGCUGACUCAUCUGAUGUCGACGAAAUUUGGCUUGUUCACGCAUCUGACGGCAAUCAAGAAGUAUAUGUUGCUGGCCCAGGGUGACUUCUUUGAUCUCCUCAUUGAGUCAUUAGCUCAGCAUCUUGAUCGCCCUGUCAAUUCAAUGUAUCGACACAAUCUGACGUCGCAACUCGAACAUGCCAUACGGCAUUCUAACGCCCAAUAUGACGACGCCGAAGUGCUGCGACGAUUGGAUGCGCGCAUGCUUGAGCUGUCGAGUGGAGAAAUUGGUUGGGAUUGUUUCACUCUCGAAUACAAGAUCAGUGCGCCCUGUGAUGUUGUCAUUACUCAAUGGGCCAACACGCAGUAUCUCAAAAUAUUCAACCUGCUUUGGAGGAUAAAGAGAGUCGAGUACUCCCUCAGCUCAACCUGCAAACGAUGCAUGACCGGCGGUCGAGGAGUCCUUGCUGCAGUUAGUGACAAGCUGGGCAACGAUUGGAAACGGUCAAGAUGUGUCGUCGCAGAGAUGGUUCAUUUUGUCAAUCAGCUGCAAUAUUACCUUCUGUUUGAAGUCAUCGAAGCCAGCUGGAAAAAGCUCGAAGAGGCUCUGCACAAGCCCGAAGCUACGCUUGAUGAUUUGAUCGAAGCUCACACAAACUACCUAAACAACAUUACGAAAAAGGGUCUGAUUGGGCAGCAGAGGCACCUGGUAACCGGCCAACAAGAGGAUAGCCUCAUCGUCCAAGUCCACCAUAUCCUGAAAUGUAUGCUUGCCUAUCGGGAAGUCAUCGACUCGCUCUACUCGUACAGUGUUGCGGAGUACACUCGACGUCAACAGUUUAGCGCGAAAAUAGAGCGACGAACUGCUCAAGGGAAAUGGGGUAUCACCGAGAAAGACCUCUUUGGUGAUUCAAGGGCAAGCACACCAACUUCGGCGGCAGCUGCGGGAGCCUUGAGGGGUGCUCAACUGGUGUUGGAAGAAAAUGACUCUUCACUUGCUCCACCAAAUGAAAAUAUAAAUAUCACGGACGACGAGACCCAUCUGAAUUCCUUGAGGACACGACAACUGACUCUAUCGGCCGAUUUUCGAUCGCGGCUCAGUAUGUUGUUGUAUGACUUAGCUCACCAACCGGACGUCGAUUUGAGGUUUUUGGGGGUUGUUAUGAAUUUCAACGAGGUCUACCAACCGGUCAACAUCCGACGGCACCAGGCUAGACGGGCUCGAGAGAAGCGAGAACUGGAACGAAAGGCUCGUGAAGCGACAGUCUCUUCUGAGGGCAACAUCUCUCUGGAAAAGGACUUGAACAGCUCCACGUCGAAGUCAUGA